AUGCGAAGUUGUUUUACAUUUUUCCAAUUACUUUUGAUAAAUUCAGAGAUUUACAGAAAGACAGUUUCAGCGAGUUUCUCAGGAAUAAGUGGCCUGAGAAGAUAUCACCAAAAGAGAAGCUCGUUUGGGUUUAUUGAGAGAAGAGAUGAAGGAAUAAAAUGCAUCGGGGAGCACAAGUUUAUUCUCAAGCGUCAGAUCUGCGACGGGCGCCCAGACUGCAAAGAUGGAAGCGACGAAAUAACUUGCACUUCGAUAAAAUGGACGUCAAUUCAUCUGCCAGAGUCAUGUAAAUCAAGUGUCGAUUGUGACUACAAGUAUCAAUACCAGUACGACCAGAAUGAAGGAAAAUGCGAAAAAUGCCUAGACUGUGGACCUUGCUCAACAACUGCUCGUUUUUGGACCCUUGAAGACUGUCAAAAUGACUGUGAGUUUCCUGAUCGAAUGAGAAUCUUCCAGCAGGAGACUUUCUCCGUACUAUAUUCAGAAGUCUACCCUGGGCUUUAUCCUUUCAAGCGAAAUUUACUCGAGCUUUGGCUCUCUGGAAAUAUUCGUCAGCCCGACUCGACAUCGAAGAAGAAUAACUUCGCUCUCAGAGGAGUCAUACUCGAAGCAAGACGCAACCAAAACGAUCCUUCAGAAUACUCGAUCAUGAUGACAAUCAACGAGGACUACAACCAAAACUGGGUUGCUGGAUACAGCGCGAGAUUGAACGUCACUCUUCGUAAAAAGAAGCGUUUUCCUCUAGGAAAGGAAGUGAUCAUCACUGGAAAGACCAAUGGAAAAUUAGACAACCACGACCGGCUCGAAGUGACAGACGCCAUUCUCAGAUCUUCGAGAAGCAGAAGCUUACGGCGGAACAUCCGCUCGCGUUUCAGCGUACCGCAGCACUAG